GGCCAAGCGAGGCGAGCGACGCGGCGCGGCAGAUCAGAGCGACCAGUCUGUAGACCUACACUUAUACAGUAUAGCUCUGCAGUGAAUAAUUAUUGGCAUUGAUUCGUAGAAGAUUAUCAUUCACUGAAGUUUGUACACGUACGAUAAAAACAAUAAUGCUUCUCAAUCGGUCCUGGAUAUCAGCUGAAGAUGGCAAUGAGGGAAAGGAAUCAGAAACCCAGCAACGGUUCCGUGUGAUGCAGUGGAACACUCUUGCUGAUGCUCUCAGCCCUUCAACGCCAACCGAAAACUUUGUGAACUGUCCAACGCCAGUUCUUGCAUGGGAGAACCGUAAGGAGCAGCUGUUGGCCGAGAUCAAACAAACCAAACCAGAUGUGAUCUGCUUGGAGGAGGUCGACCACUUCCCUGACUUUUUCCAACCCGAGCUGGAGAAGCUGGGCUUCAAAGGCUCGUUCCUCGCCAAGCCAUUCUCGCCGUGUUUGAAGUGCAGUGAGAACAGUGGACCCGAUGGCUGUGCUGUGUUCUUCAAGGAGUCCGUAUUUGAGCUGAAAGCCGAGCACCGCAUAAACCUACAGGACUCCGAAAGGAAACAGACCAAUCAAGUGGCGCUGGCACUAGUCCUGUCGUUUUCCGGUGAAACUUCCGACAAGCAAACAAAAAAAGCAUUGCCUGUGUGCAUUGCUGCCACUCAUCUGAAAUCCAAGAGCACAUUCAGUGCCCUGCGAGCAGCACAGGGAAAGCAUCUACUUGACGAGCUGGCAACAAUCUCAGCUGACAUGCCUACAAUCGUGUGCGGAGACUUCAAUGCCGAUCCGGAUGAAGAUGUGUGUGAUUUGUUCCGGCAUCACGAGCCACCGUACAGCAGCGUGUAUCCGAAUGAACCGGACGACUUCACCACGUGGAAGUUUAGGCCAAACGGCGAAGCCUAUCAUACCAUUGACUACAUCUGGUUCAGGCCAACGGGGCUGAGAGCGGGCUCACGGCUUGCCCUCGCCAGCAAAGCGGAAAUAGGCGAGGCCGGUUUGCCGUGCAUUCGCUACCCAUCCGACCACCUGGCACUCGCGUGCGAUUUCGUUCUGCUGCGAUAGGCGAACGCUUGCCCUGGUGAAGAAACCCCCUCCGAGGGCACUGUUUAAGUUUGGCUUAGACGUAUGCCAGGUGAGAGAGUACUGUACAGCACAGCCUAGACAUGUACAUGAACUGCUGUACUCAUGAUUCUGAUCUUUUUGUCAGAGUUUAGUCUAAGUUUAGGAUACUGACCCAUGCUAGCCAUAGCACCUGCUACCCCUAUGAGUGAAACUUUCCGGACCACGGUCAUUAUACGUAUCGGACAUGUCUACUAUCUACCGCCAACUAUCUUUUUUCUGUCUUUCUUUUAGCGGGUUCUGCUUGAUAGUUUCGCCGGCAAGUGUCUUCUAACAGACACUAUUUGCUGAGUAGGAACCCCGAUGGUAUGUGCCACUAGUUCAAUCCUCUCUUCUUCCUUUUCUUCCUUUUCUUCCUUUACGUUUCCCUUACUACAAACAUCUGCCGCUAGGGUUUAUCGGGUGUUAGCGGCCGUCGUGAGUUCCCUUCGGGAACGGACACGAUAAUUUUUUUUAAUUUUUUUUCACUACAAACGUAGGAUAAGACGUAUAUUUUAGUAUGCCUUGAAGUAUUAGUGAAUGGCUGGACCAUACUAUUUUUCUGGGACAAAUUAAAAUGUGAUAUUCACCUAUUUUUACAUCCUGAUGUAUCGGGACAUGCCGACAAUGCUUUGGAAAAAAACUUUCUUUUGCAUGUAGGCAAUUCGAACACAGUUUCCGUAUGGGCCUGCCUGUGCCAGUGCUCCUCCGCUGUGCCGGAUUUGCAGGUCACGGAUGUAUGGUGUUUAUGCACAGCUUUCAUUCAUGAUAGCAAUGUGUUAUUGUGAUGACAGUAUUAAUUUUGUAGAUAACGCUAAUGAUUUUUCACAAUAGGCAGUGCUUCGACCUCCGCCUUUUCUGUUGGGAUGUUGGUUUGGAUCAUC